UCUUCUGCUUGCUUCAACAAGUACGUAAAUUCAAUUUUGUGCCUUUUAUCUUCAAUUUUCAUCUUUCUUUUCUUCCUUGUAAUUUCACUAUCUUAGUUUAGCUGAAUUUAGCUGUUUUCCCCCUUUAAAACGAGCUAAAUUUCACUUCUUUUGGAGAUUUUUGUGCUUUUUGAUUGAUCAAUAAGGCUUGGCAGCAGAGUUCUUUUUUCUGUGGGUUGACCUGCCCUUCUUUCUGUUGAAAGAGAAACACUGGUGUAAUGACUUGUUUUGGUCUCUGCCUAGGAGGGAAAGCAUCUCCCCCUCACAACCAUGUUGUGGAAAUUGAUGAAGAAAUUUCAACCAUUGAGAAUGCAAGGGUGUACAGCUACCGGGAAUUGCGUGCUGCAACCGAAGAUUUUUGCCCUGUAAACAAAAUAGGGAAAGGAGGGUUUGGUUCUGUCUACAAGGGGAGGCUAAGAGAUGGAAAAAUGGCUGCUAUUAAGGUACUUUCUGUUGAAUCAAAGCAAGGUGUAAAGGAGUUUUUGACAGAAAUAAAGGUGAUCUCAAGUAUAGAACAUGAAAACCUGGUGAAGUUGUACGGUUGUUGUGCGGAAGGGGAUCAUAGAAUACUGGUGUAUAACUACCUGGAAAAUAAUAGUCUUUCCCAAACUCUGCUUGGUGGUGCCCAUAGUAGCCUCAAGUUUAGCUGGAAAACACGAGCUAAAAUAUGCAUUGGUGUUGCACGAGGACUUGCAUUCCUCCACGAAGAAGUCCAGCCUUAUAUAGUUCAUAGAGACAUUAAAGCAAGUAACAUCCUUCUCGACAAAGACCUGACCCCAAAAAUUUCAGAUUUUGGUCUUGCUAAGCUUAUUCCAGCUGAUUUGACCCAUGUUAGCACUCGGGUGGCAGGAACUCUAGGUUAUUUGGCCCCUGAAUAUGCAAUGAGAGGACAGUUGACACGGAAAGCAGAUGUAUACAGUUUUGGGAUUCUCCUUUUGGAAAUCGUUAGUGGAAGAUGCAACACAAACAAGCGGUUACCUAUUGAGGAACAAUAUCUUCUUGAACGGGCAUGGAGACUGUUCAAGAAGGGAGAGCUCAUUCAAUUGGUAGAUGCAUUAUUGGGAGAUGACUUCAGUGUUGAUGAUGCUUGCAGAUUCUUGAAGGUAUCUCUCUUAUGCACCCAAGUCAUGCCCAAGACCCGACCAUCGAUGUCCACUGUGGUGAAAUUGCUGACUGGUGAGAUGCAAGUGGAUGAUGAAGAAAUAUCUGAGCCAGGCAUGUUAUCAGAUCUAGUGAGUCUCAGGAAUCAGAAGAAUACAUCAUCAGACUCACUAUCUGCUGGCUCGGGAAAACAAGUUGAUUCCGCUGCAUCCAUGAACACGACGACACAUGGUACUUUGACUUUCACGACAAUAGAUGACCGAAGUAGCUGAGCUAAACACAGCAUGGUAAAACAUGUGCUUGUCUAUCUUCCUUUAACUGUUGAGUUUAUUUCUUCAUAAGAUUUUGCUCCGUAGUGCGUGGAAUUAGGAGCUUUUUCACUUCAUUUAUAUUCUAAGCUGUAAAUAUAACCUGAAAUUUGUAUAAUUAGAUUAGGUAUUCAUUGAGACUUUCCCCUUUUUCUUUCUAUUUAAGUACAUGUCGCAAUUGUACCACGAGAGAAUUUUUCUUGGUAAUGCCAUGAUUUGUAAGAAUAAAGCUUCCAUGGAACUUAAGAGUAUUAGUAUAUAAGUACACUACAAAUGCCUUGAACAA